AUGGGUAGAACAAAGCCUGUGCUCAAUGAAGGAGAUCAAUGUCCCGAUGCCAAUCUACUAGAGUUUAGCACCGGCGAUGGCAAGAAGGAGGUGUACACCACUGGCAACGUGUCGAUCUAUGACCUGUUGCAGCGUAAUGGCCGACCCGUCGUUCUGUUCUGCGGAAGCUACACUUGA